AGAUGGGUUAUCCCCCGAUCUCUGUCUCCAUCAUUUCUUUUAUCUCAAUUUUAAUCAACUAAAUAGGCUUUCAUUAUCCUUUCAUUUCCUUUUCUCUCCAAAUCUACGUCCAAACGUACCUUAAUCUCAAGGAUGCCAAUAUAAAUUACCCCUGAAAUCAAUGAAAACAGUCGCAGCUACCUACCCGAACUAGCACCAGUUACCAGUGGCUACAGUCUAACGCUAGAAGAAAAUCAUUUAUUUCUUAAUUUAAUCUAAAUCCAUGGCUUCCUCUGGAUCAUCGUCCUCCUCCACCGGCGUUCAAAACCCCGGAGGAAGAAAGCCAAUAGGUUUUCUAGGGCACGCAAUGAAGAGAAAAGACAGCUUCAUACAGUUCUUCGUGAUGACCGGAAUAUUACUGCUGAGCGUCAGAUCGUUGGGGCAGAAGUACCGACUCAACGAUCUCCGCGAGGACACAUCCGCCCUAAGACAAGAGAAAGAAGGCCUCACCCAUCGCAUGGACCAUAUCAAGCGCAGCCUCCGUGACCAAGCAGCUCUCGAACCCACUGGCCUUUUCGCUUCCAGGCUUCGUCUUCUCUUCCCAGACGAUGAUUGAUUCCAUUCAUCCACUCAUCCUUCUAACUUUUACUUGUAAGGAGUACGUCACGGGCGGUGCGUAGCUAGUAUAAGGAAAUGAAGCAUGAUUAAUUUUGAUGUAGCUUGAGUAAUCAUUGUAUUCAUUUGAACCUUUCAAUGUAAUCGAUUAUAAGUUGAGCUUGUAACUUUUGAUGUUAUGAAAAGGUGUAUGAGGACCUAAAGUCAUGAUCUUAUGUUUAGGUAAAUCCAACUAAAGAGCUUGAUGUAAAUAACAAGUGAGCAUGCCUUUUAGUUGUUAUUAAGCUA